AUGCCGCCAAAAGCGCGCACAGAAGAAGAGAUCGAUCCAAUCGAAUUGUUCAAGAUCAAGCGCCUCAUCAACUACCUUCGUGAUGCACAUGGUGAUGGCACUUCCAUGGUUACAAUUCUUAUUCCACCAGGUGAUGCUGUUCACCGUAUGCGUCAGAAGCUUACAGAUGAACUUGGUACAGCCUCAAACAUCAAGAACAGAGUUAACAGACAAUCAGUCGAAGCAGCCAUUACAGCCGCUAUUCAAAAACUUGGUCAAUUCAACAGCACACCUCCAAAUGGCCUUUGCGUCUUCUGUGGCACAAUCAUUGAAGAAGGCAAGGAAAAGAAGCUUAUGAAAGAUUUCGAGCCUUUCCGUCCACUCCACCAAUCUCUUUACAUUUGCGAUCGCCGCUUCCACGUCGAGCCACUCGCUGAUCUUCUCCAGACCAACGAAAAGUUCGGCUUCAUCAUUAUGGAUGGUCAAGGUACUCUUUACGGUAUGGUCGCUGGUGCAUCCCGUACAGUCCUUCACAAAUUCUCUGUCGACCUUCCAAAGAAGCACAACAAGGGUGGUCAGUCAUCCAUCCGUUUCGCACGUCUUCGUCUCGAAGCCCGUCACAACUACGUCCACAAGGUCGCUGAAUACGCCGUCCAGCACUUCAUUCCAGAUGGUGCUGAGCCAAACGUUACAGGUCUUAUCCUUGCUGGUUCUGCAGAUUUCAAGAACGUCCUUGCCCAAUCAGAUCUUUUCGAUAUCCGUCUUAGAAACAUCAUUCUUGGUAUCUACGAUAUUUGCUAUGGUGGCGAAGAAGGUUUCAACCAGACAAUCAAGAUGGCUGCUCCACUUCUUGCCGAUGUCAGACUUGUUCGUGAACAAGAGCUUCUCCAGAAGCUUUUCGAUACAAUCGGUACAAACGGCCCAUGCGCUUUCGGUAUCAAGGAAACAAUGAUGGCCUACGAUUCCGGUGCUAUCGAAACAAUGAUCUUAUGGGAUGAACUCAACGUUUACCGCUGCACAAUGGAAAAGGAUAACGGUGACUCAGAAGUCGAGUACUAUACAGAAUACCAGCUCGAAAAGGGUGACCACCUCAAGUCCGAAUAUCACCACCUCAAGGAGAAGAUCCUCCUUACAGAAUGGAUGGCUGAUCACCAUAAAGAGAAGGGUGCUAAGCUCGAAUUCGUUACAGAUAAGAGCCCAGAAGGUGCUCAGUUCAUCAAGGGCCUUUCCGGCAUUGGCGCGCUCCUCCGCUUCCAGAUGAGCUUCGAUGUUUAUAAGGAGAACACAGACGACGACGGAUUUGACUCUGACUUCGAUGACGAUGAGGAUCUCCUCUAA